AGCACCACUUUGCUCUGACGUCCGUCUCCAGAGCUCUGACGAUCGCCCCCGCCCUGCAGCCUUAUAAAGACUUUUCCCAAUACCCGGAUCAAUCGCCUCACCCCUCGCAUCCCUCAGUGGGCUCUUUACCGACCUCCUCCACUCACCCCUCGCCUCCCUCCCUCACUGCGGGCUCUCGUGGGGUGCCUGGAUCCCCAGAACAGCUCCCGGUGACGCCAAGAAGACUUGAUGAAGUAGCCCACUGUGAAAGGAUCUGCACGUUACCUUAAAUAAAAAAUGGCUUUCCAUGUAGAAGGAUUGGUGGCUAUCAUCCUCUUCUACCUCCUUAUAUUUCUGGUUGGAAUAUGGGCUGCCUGGAAAACCAAAAACAGUGGCAGCCCAGAAGAGCGCAGUGAAGCCAUCAUAGUCGGGGGUCGAGACAUUGGUUUAUUGGUUGGUGGUUUUACCAUGACAGCCACCUGGGUUGGAGGAGGCUACAUCAAUGGAACAGCUGAAGCAGUUUACGGACCAGGUUGUGGGCUAGCUUGGGCUCAGGCACCCAUUGGAUAUUCUCUGAGUCUGAUUUUAGGUGGUCUGUUUUUUGCAAAACCUAUGCGUUCUAAGGGAUAUGUGACGAUGUUAGACCCAUUUCAGCAGAUCUACGGAAAGCGCAUGGGUGGACUGCUGUUCAUCCCUGCACUCAUGGGAGAGAUGUUCUGGGCUGCAGCAAUUUUCUCUGCAUUAGGAGCCACCAUCAGCGUGAUCAUUGAUGUGGACGUGAAUGCAUCAGUUAUUGUCUCUGCACUCAUUGCCAUUCUUUACACCCUGGUGGGUGGGCUCUACUCUGUGGCAUAUACUGAUGUUGUACAGCUAUUCUGCAUUUUUAUAGGACUGUGGAUCAGUGUCCCCUUUGCCCUGUCACAUCCUGCAGUCACUGACAUCGGAUUCACUGCUGUGCAUGCCAAAUACCAGAGUCCCUGGCUGGGAACCAUUGAAUCAAUCGAAGUCUACACCUGGCUUGAUAAUUUUCUGUUGUUGAUGCUGGGUGGAAUUCCAUGGCAAGCCUACUUCCAGAGGGUCCUGUCUUCAUCCUCAGCCACUUAUGCUCAGGUGCUGUCUUUCCUGGCAGCUUUUGGGUGUCUGGUGAUGGCAUUACCAGCCAUAUGCAUAGGGGCCAUUGGAGCCUCAACAGACUGGAACCAGACUGCAUAUGGAUUUCCAGAUCCAAAGAGCAAGGAGGAAGCAGACAUGAUUCUCCCAAUUGUUCUGCAGUACCUCUGCCCUGUAUACAUUUCAUUUUUUGGGCUUGGUGCUGUUUCUGCUGCUGUCAUGUCCUCAGCGGACUCAUCCAUCCUAUCAGCGAGUUCUAUGUUUGCUCGGAAUAUCUACCAGCUUUCCUUCCGACAAAAUGCAUCAGACAAGGAAAUUGUGUGGGUCAUGAGGAUCACUGUGCUUGUGUUUGGAGCCUCUGCAACAGCCAUGGCCUUGCUGACGAAGACCGUGUACGGGCUCUGGUACCUGAGCUCAGACCUUGUGUACAUCAUCAUCUUCCCACAGCUGCUCUGCGUACUCUUCAUCAAAGGAACCAACACUUACGGGGCUGUUGCAGGUUAUAUUUUUGGACUUUUCCUGAGAAUUACUGGAGGAGAGCCGUAUCUAUACUUACAGCCCCUGAUCUUCUACCCUGGUUAUUACUCUGACAAGAAUGGUAUAUACAAUCAGAGGUUCCCUUUUAAAUCUCUCUCCAUGAUUACUUCAUUCUUGACCAACAUUUGUGUUUCUUAUACAGCCAAAUAUCUAUUUGAAAGUGGAACCUUACCUCCAAAAUUAGAUGUAUUUGAUGCUGUUGUUGCAAGGCACAGUGAAGAGAACAUGGACAAGACCAUUCUAGUCAGAAAUGAAAACAUCAAAUUAAAUGAACUUGCACCCGUGAAGCCUCGACAGAGCCUAACUCUUAGUUCAACUUUCACCAAUAAAGAGGCCCUCCUUGAUGUUGAUUCCAGUCCAGAGGGAUCUGGGACUGAAGAUAACUUACAAUGACCCCAUCUAAAUGAUACAGAACAAAGCAUUGCUGUAGGGUAGUCCUGGAAAGAAGGUGGGGAACUUAUCUAACACAUAUUAAAAUAAAAACUUUUAGAGGGAAAGGGUAUUUCAGAAAUAAAUUAUAAUAAAUGAGUUCAAAAAAAUAACAAUUGCACAGUGAGAAAGAGGCAAGUGUGAAGGCAACAGCUUUAUUUUUCAUCAAAGCACUUUUAAUUUUGAAUAGCUUUGUUAAGCAUAUAAAAACGUAUAAAGCCCCAGCCAAAGAGAGUGGCCAGAUAUUGCUUAUAUUUAUUAUGGAAAGAUGAAAUAUAUAUUAAAGAGUCCAUGGGGAAUAAAAGCCUGGAUGGCCCCAAACAUCUUUACUGGCUAAUGCACUGGACACCAGCUUAAUUACUACAAAGUGGAGGUUAUGUAUUUAUUCACAGUCACUUCUGUAAUUGAUACAGUGAGUUAAUCAGUUUCCUGCUCUUCAUGUGUGGAUUAGACUCUUCUUCCAUGAACUGAAUUGUGGCAUAUGCUCAAUUUUUCAUGUGCACUUUUUUAGCUUUUCUUGCUAUCCUGCAUGCACACUCUCUCUCCAUCCAUUCCUCCAUCCAAUCAUCUCCAUCCUUCUCUCUACCCACUUCUCAUUUUCUCCCUCACCCUCUCUCCAUAUUCUGUGGUCUGUGUGGUGCUGGAAAUCUAUUUCAGGACCUUGCACAUGCAAGGUAAGGGCUCUCCUACUGAGCUACUGAGCUAUGUCUGUUAUUUUUUUGUUGAUGCCAUAUAUUAUUUCUAAGCACAAGCAACACAAACAAAACUUAUUUAAUAAUGACAUUUAUUGUGUAAAUGAUGGAAAACAGAGUCUAUUUGGGGGUAGGAAAAAAGCACUGAGGUCUUUAAGGAUGCCCACAAUUGCCAUAUGCUCAAAGAAAAGUACCCAAAGCCAAGCAUGAAAAGGUUGUUGGACAACAUUAGAGCAAUAAGUCAAGAAAAAAAAAUUAGGAACGGGGGAAGAGGAGAAACAUAUUUCUAUCUCCAGCUUUUGUAAAUUAAAUGUUGCCAUGCCUUACAAAUGUAAUGUCUUGGCUUAUAUUGUAAGUCAGUAUUGGAGGCAAAGUUGAGCCAUAUGCCACUGUCUAACAUAUGUUACAGGUGGUGAUUGUUGCAACACCAUGCAUUCACUGAAUAUUUAUUACCAGCAGCUCCCAAACACCUCACCAAGAAACUGGAAAACAAACCCUACUCAAUUUUGGACAUUCACUAAUGGAAUAGUUUUGUGUUAAGGAUCUAUUCUGCGUACUUUUCCAUAUAAGCCACCUGUAGGGACUGGAUGGAUCAAAAUGUAAUAGAAAACAAAAAGUAAAAACAAAUCCUAAAGAAGAAGCCAUCACUUUUAAUAUCUGUUGUGUACAUGUAUUUCAAGAGGCCAAUCAUUAAGUAUAAUUUUGCUCCUCUGCAGCAUUCAGUAUUUCAUAAAAACCUUGUGCUCUGUACCAUAGAGCUCUUUUUUAUAGGUUGCAAUUGGAAUUAUCUCAAAGCAUCAAAAGGUGGACCUACUUUGUUUAAAAAUGUGAUUCAAAAAAUCCCACUGUGACUUUAAACUGUAAAGUUAAAUAAUUUUACAUAUCUUAAUGUCCUUCUUUUCAACUCUGUCUCAAUACUUGAGCCUCUUUACUAUGUGUGUACCUAAGGAAAAGAAAUUUUAUUUACCCAACAGCUUUUCUCAGAAUCAACUCAAUAACUUUGGAGAGUACUUGAAAGUACAAGGUCUGAGAGUGUGAAAUGUGGAGUGAGAAAAGAAUCAAAAAAGAAAAACACAGACAAAAAAGAAAAAAAAAAACCUUUGCUCAUGUAAAACUGUUAGUAACAGGGAUGCAAUUUCUGGUGAACAUGGUAUUUCAGAUCCACCAGGUCACCCAACAAAGACAAAAGAGUGAAUUUUGGUCACUUCAUUUUCAUGUGUCCUCCCUCAGACUGUUGAGGUGUGCGCUUCCUUACACACCGUGAAGCCCCACUCGCAGGGCAGAGACCAAAGCACAUUUUUUUUCACAGACAUUAUAUUUUGUAACGUUCUUCAUAAAUAACUGUCCAAAUAAUCUUAUUUGUUUAAACUAAACAUGUUAACGGUAAUUAGGAAACAUUUGCCUUGCCCAAAAUAUUAAAGCUAAACAAAGUGCAUAGACUAAUAAACACUGAUUUUUGUUUUAUUUUGAAGCUCAAAUAAAUACAUACUGUCAAAACAGAUAGCAAAAAAUCACAGUCAUAAAAUUUGCUAAAUAUAACCAAGAUGAUAUUUAAAGUAUUAAAAUAGCAAAAAUGUGAGAAAAGAAUUCCAAGACAUUUUUUCAUGCACACUCUGCAGUGAGUUUCCCCUGAUUCUCAAGCACAGGAAGAAGCUUCAGGGUACAGAAGGUCUGCUCUAUUUUGGAAUGAUGACAUCUCUAAAUUAUUUCAGAUUCAGACAGUGAACCUCAUUUUCAAAUCCAUCCCCAAGGAAAUCAUAUUACCCAAGUGUUUCACAGUCUUGCUUUGGAAGUAAUACCUGUGGUAGCACCAGAGAAAGACAGAUGUUUCACUCCCAUGCUUUGCCAAUGACUAAACCAUGUUUCUUAGGUAAUUUGUGUGC